AUGAACAAUGAGAAAUGUAAUUCAACUAAUGUUUCAUCAAAUAAUUUGAAAGAAUAUUUAACUAUAUCAAUUGAACCCGAUAUACAAUUGUCAGAUAAUGAAGAAAUUUAUUUAGAUCAAUGUCUUUCAUAUCUAUAUGAUAUAUGUCAUAUACCAAUUGUUUUAAAUUGUACACUUUUAUCAGUUUCAUCAUUUCCAAAUUCAACAAAUAUCAAUCGUGAAUCAAUGCGUAUAAAUAAUUAUUUACGUGUUCGUCAACCACGUAAAUUUUAUUGGAUGCGUAAUAUAAAACAAAUGUAUUUAAAUAUACGUUUACCAACAAAUAAAACUGAACAAAUAACAGCUAAUCUUAUUGAAUUUCAUUCAUGUAAACGUUUACCUUACACAGCUCGUAGUAUAAUUCAUCAAAUAAAACCAAUUAUAUUAGUUUAUUAUGUUGAAGAACGUUCAUUAAAAUUAAAUAUACGUGGAGAUAAUUGUUUACUUCAAUUAAUAUUUUCUUCAUAUAUAAAUCAAAAUAAACAAUUACAAAAAGGUAUUUAUUAUAAAUGGUCAGAUGAAGGACAUAUACGUUCAACAACAAUUCAAUUUAAUAUUGAUUAUCAAAUAGAAAAAAAUCAUUUUCUUAUCUAA